AUGUCCUCUCCUGCCAAACCACUCGUCCUCUACACGGCUGGGACACCCAAUGGUUAUCAAGCUACCAUCUUCCUUGAGGAGCUGAAAGCUGUGAACCCAAACGUCGACUAUGAUGCUGUCAAAAUCGACAUCGGCAAAAAUGUCCAAAAGGAGCCAUGGUUUUUGAAACUCAAUCCAAAUGGCCGUAUCCCGACCCUCGUGGACAGAUCCCGAGGCGACUUUGCGGUUUUUGAGACAGCGGCCAUCAACUUGUAUCUUGCCCAGCAGUACGACAAGGAGUUCCAAUUCUGGUUCAACCCUUUGGAAGAUGCAGAUGACUACAGUGAAAUGCUACAAUGGAUCUUCUUUGCUCACGGAGGAGUAGGUCCGAUGCAAGGACAGUCGAACCACUUCAAUCGUUUUGCUCCUGAAUCCAUCCCAUAUGCUAAGAAUCGUUAUCUUGAGGAGACCAAACGUCUGUAUGGCGUUCUUCAGCUACGGCUCGCUGACCGUGACUGGCUCGCGGGACAUGGAAGAGGAAAAUACAGCCUUGCGGAUAUCAAGGCAUUCCCGUGGGUUCGAAUUCAUGCCUUUGCUGGUGUCGAAAGUUUGGAUGAAUGGCCUGCGGUGAAGGCUUGGGUGGAGCGAGUAGGAGCAAGACCUGGGGUAGUUGCAGGGUUGAAGGUGGCUGGGCAGUAGAAGGCGAUGAGGCUGAAAUAUAACAAAUGUCAAUAGCAUAACGGGUUCUGCUGUGAAGCGCUGAAUGGCCUUUGCUAAAUGAUUCGUCUUUCUCGCCCUU